ACACGUUUCUCACUGGAGACGGCAUUGAAAAGGGAUUUAUGAUUCCAAAAACCCUAUCAGAUUGUAAAAAGUGAAAAAUAUGAAACAUUUUUGUGUCUCCAAACUUUUAAUUUGGCGCCAAGAAUGCGUCGCCCGCGUCCGGCAACUCGUUCGUCGCUUGUCGAGUGUCGCCAGGUAAUAUAAUAGUUGUGUUAUUUUGAACAAAAUAGUUUGCUCCGCGUCAAAUUAAACUCAGAAUUCUCGAGUUAGCUAUUAAUAAAGGCCAAAGCAACUUUAGAUUUCCUUUUUAUAGUUACGAUGAUUUUGAUGUACCUGACACGAUGAAUGUGCACGGAAUCUACGAUACAUCGGCUUCAAUGUACACUUUUCAAGGAAGUGAAGAGUACACCACUUUCCUUCAGCAAGAGGCUGGCGUAUCUGGCUCCGCAUUUGGCUUUUACGCUGGUGUAAAGGAGGCUUGGGGCAGCUCUUCAGCUGAAACGAAAGAUAGCUUUUUGGCGAUACUUGACGUCGACAUUGAAAGAUACGAGAUAUUCAUGGACGAAGUGAAGCCCAGUGACCUCAGUCUUAAUUUUCUGCGAGAGUUCAUGGAGUUGCCGCUAUCUUACUAUUCUCCAGGCGCUCCGAUAAAGUAUCAGGACUUCGUUCAACGAUGGGGAACUCAUUACAUAAAAUCAGCAAAGUUUGGAGGACAGCUUCAAAUUCGUAAAACCAUGGAUAAGGAGACUGGUCAGUCGAAGACGCACUUUUCAAUAAUGAUGGAAGCCGAAUACAAGAGUCUUUUCGCAAGCGUUGGCGCCAGUGCUUCCUACGAACAGGGUUCUGGAUCCAAUAAGGCAACUCAGACUACGUCCACAUCGGUAGUGGCCCAGGGAGGAAGCCAUGAAAUUGCUUCAAUCUUGUCUGAUGUAUACUCACCGACAUUUAAAAACGAAUUCAAACACUGGCUAACAAGUAUUCCCUCGUACCCUAAGCCUUUCAAGUUUCGCAUGAGUCCCAUUACUGACCUGGUAAACUUUCGCGCAACCGAUCUAUUCCCAGAGGAAACUGUUAAUUGGGGCUGUGAAGGUUACGUCUCGGCGCUAAAAUCAGAGAAAAAUGAAGAUGGAGAAGAAGUGAAAUACUAUGAAAUUACUGAGGGCGAUGAGUUAAAGAAGAAGGUGUACUGCCCCUUUGAGGGGCGUGGUGGCUUGGAGCAGGCAAUAAAAAGAAGACGAUCGAGUCUUCACAGAGCCAUUGAAACUUACAUGGAAGAGGGCACCAUUUCCAUCUCGGAUUUCAACCUCAAGUGUAAUUCUGAACCUGCAACUGAGGUAGCCACCGACGCUGUGUCAGAACCAUCAAGCCGCGCACUGUUUGCGCUAAAUGAUAGCUCAGAUUCAAGAGAAUUGUUAAGAGUCAAAGGUGUACCCACGUGGAAAUCAUUGAUAACAACCAGGAUGCCGGUCAAAGUCAUAAUCGACAUGAAAGAAGACUUGAAAGAUUCCCAGCACGGAGGCGUGGUGAUUCCUAAGAAUAUGGUGCGACGCAUUCGAUUCCUUGACAAUCGUUGGUUCACUGAUGACGAGAAAAAAGUUCUUCACCUUUACAAUGGCUUUAACAAUGGAGGUAGUGGUGACCCUAAAAACAAGAAAAUUUCCGUUCUUGGUCUGGUGCUGAGCUUCGAUGAAAAGACAGGUCGACUUGUUCUUACUGACAGCGACUUUAAAGCGUCCAAGAAAAUCUUUCAAGGUUUAAAUUCUAACAUGAGGGGCUCUAUUAUUGGACAAGUUGAGGUUAACCGUGGAAAAACAGUUAAGCGUCGCUCAAAGUUAAUGGAUGCCUCCGCUCCUGCUUCCGCUAUUAAGACAUGUAAAGUUAUGUUUUCAAAUGCGUUGCGCUUUGAUCCAAAAGGAGGAAAAUGUCUACAUUUCACGGCGAUUUCAAGUGGAACUAUCUAUGUGAUGUUUGCUGUGUCUCCAGGAAAACCGCAUUCGCAGUACACUGUUCGAAUAGCCAGCGACAGAGUUGAUAUAUACAAGGGAUCAACGUCAAAGAUAUUCAUCGAAGAUGAAAGUGCUGUUGGUAUUGGUACAGAAUCCAUACACCAAUCCUACUUUGUCUGCGUAACAGAGUCGAAAGAGGCUGUCCGCAUCGAAUACGGCAAAAGCCAAGGAAGCUCAGAUGCUGGGGACGUAUUUCUUAGUUUCGGAGACGUCGCAGAAAACGGGUCUGAUCCACCACUAAGCGUUCAGUUUUACGCAUUUGGUAUCGAAGACGUUCCCGCUAAGAUAAUGGAUGCCCAUUUGCUGCCAAGAAAGCUGACCGAUGCAAGUUGUAAGGGCCGCACAAGGGAGGACAAUCCAACCGGCUUGUGCGCUGAACAAUGCCACUUAAAUUGUGAUCCAACCGCAGGUAAGAUAAAGGUUCAUAUGUUCCGGUAAGACAAACAAGUUCUAUACAAACAGAAUCAAAUGAAACAUGUAUGUAAGGCUGUUUCCUAUUUUCACUGUUCAAGAGAGUGAAUUGAGCUGAUGCACCAAUCUCAGAGUAAAUGUACAUGCAAUAUACUCUGUCGGAUCGAUCAGAAGUUCUGGGAAAUUAAUUACUAGCUGAUUUCGUGAAGCCUACCUCUGUGCUUCGCAAAACGGGCUUGGGCUUCGUGAAACCCUCCUCCUCCCAUAUUCCUAGGUGUCUAAGCUUCACUCUCGGGAGUUCCCUCAACAUUAGCAUUGGCAUUGGCAGUGCAACGUUUGAUUAAUUAUCGCA